AUGGCGCCACCUCGGGAGCCCGGUCAGCAGCCCCUCUCCGAAGUGGAGCGCUGCAAGAACGUGUACUUCUGCAAGAGUGGAGACCACCAUUUCUCAGCUUGCAAGGUCCCCAUCUCCAGGAAGAACUUCAGAUCCUUUGAUGCUCUUCUGACACACUUGUCUCGCCGAGUCCCCCUCCCGUUUGGCGUACGUAGCAUCCACACCCCGGGCGGCAUCCACGGAGUGUCGUCGAUAGAGCAACUCGAGGACGGGAAGGCGUACGUCUGCUCGGACCGAAAGGGAAGAGCAAAACCGGUGGACCUAUCGCUGGUGUCGCGCAGACCACCGCCCUGGCACCACAGUAAGCCAGACAGCGCAAAACGGAGAGCGCUGCUCCUCAGCCCAACACGCAAGCGAGUCAGCAAGACUUCAUCAAACGCAUCGACCGUGUCAAACAACCUGACCGUCCGAACACCAAAGAAGAUUCUCGUCAUGAAAAACGGCGACCCCCAGCACAAGCACGUUUUUCUGCUAAAUCGACGUACGGCGCAGAGCUUUGAGAACGUGCUGGACGAUAUCGCUCAGGUUUUACGCAUCGCUGUACAGAAACUCUUCACAGUGGAAGGAAAGAAGGUUGACAGUUUACAAGGCGUGUUCAGCGGACCCGACGUGUUUGUAGCGGCCGGGAGGGAGGGCUUCAAGCCCAUGAACGGCCCCAUAGCCUACGUCCCCCACCCGCCCAGCAAGCCCCCCCGGGACAGAGAGAGCAGGGCCACACGAGAGACCGACAAGAGGAGCCCGCUGAAGCCCACCGAGCCCAAGAAAUCAAGAUGA